UCCCGACAUGGUAAUCGGUCGACAGGAGUGUGGUCAGUUUUUGUUACGGACAUUUCAUGGUGAGGGAAAUUAACCGACUGCACUGCACCCUGGUGGUACACCAUACAAAAACAUUACACAUGAUUAGCAUAUGAUAAUCGCCGCUAUAGGCACAAUCUGUUAAUUUCCCUCACCAAAAAAAAGUCUGUAAUAAAAUUGGGCCGCUGUUUAGACUUUCGUUUCCAGUCCAUAAUAUUAUCUUAGUUUGUGAUAUAACCAAUUAAAUUGUUUUCAACAAAUUAUUUGCGACAUCGCCGUCGCGCGUUGGUGUUAUAAUUUAGUUUUACUCUCACUCAUCGUUUAUUAUUUUCUGAUUAACAAGUGAUAAUUUUUGUAAAAUAAAAGAUGUGCACUACUAUUCAUUAAAAAUCCACGAAACCUUAUCUACAAGGCUGGGCAAGUUAAUGAUUUUUUUUAACUCAUUAUCAGCUGAACAUUUUUAAUUAUUUGACGCAAACACGACAGUGACCACGAUGGUAAACGAUUUGUACUCGUCCGCGGUCUUGACGCUGGUCCUGUUGAUUGCGGCCUGUCAGUGGGCGUCGCUGGCGAAAGGUGCCAGAAUAUUGGCCGUACAAACAGUCGGUGCCAAAAGUCACUGGAACUUUAUGAGCGAAGUGCUCCGAUCGCUGACGGACGCCGGUCACAGUGUUACCGUGUUCACGCCGUUUCCAGGCGGUGAUCGGGAAAACUAUACGGAAGUGGACAUGUCGAAAGAAUUCCCAGUGAAAACAGAUCUGAACCUGGAACGGAUAAUGGAGAUAUACAACCGACCGGUCACCUACUUUUAUAUGUUGACAGUCUUGGACAGCAUGUACUGCGAUGCGGUCUACAGAAACCGAAAGUUCGACAAGCUCGUACAUGGCGGUGGUAAUGACUCGGACUGGAAGUUCGACUUGAUUAUCAUGGAACCUCGGUCCUUAGACUGUACGUCGUACUUGGCAAAUGCGUUAAACUUGCCAAUUAUAUAUACGAUACCGACACCCAUGAUGACUGUCGCCGAACGUUCUUUUACCGGACACGUAUCGAACCCCGCUAGCGUCUCGCAUAUUAUGGCAUUACAUGCUGUGCCCAAAACAUUCGUCCAGAGGUUCGUCAAUGUGGCCUUGUUGGUGUACAGUACGCUUAGGACGAAGUAUGAUGGCUGGAUUAUGAAAAUGACUUAUCCUAAGCGGUACCAAAAAUUGUCACUAAAAAUAAACCCGGCAGUUAUCUUUCUGAACAGCCAUUAUAUAACCGAAGCUUCGAGGCCCGUACCACCUAAUCUCAUCGAGAUAGGCGGAAUACACUUGAAACCUAAAAGUAAAAUACCAAAAGACAUAUUAGAUUUCAUCGACGAAUCACCAAACGGUGUAAUUUAUUUCACAUUUGGUUCGACUGUUAAGCUAACGACGUUACCAGAACAUAUCGAAAAAAUAUUUAAACAAGUAUUUACUAAUGUUUCCCAGAGAGUUUUGUGGAAAUACGAAAGCGAAAUGAAGGACAAACCGGACAACGUGAUGAUAAAAAAAUGGUUUCCUCAACGAGAUAUACUAUUGCACCCGAAAGUCAAGUUGUUUAUUAGCCACGGUGGUAUAUCCGGAUUGUAUGAAGCAGUAGAUAGUGGUGUCCCUGUACUCGGAUUUCCUUUGUUCUAUGACCAGACGAGAAACAUAGACAAUUUAGUUAACGCCCGAAUGGCAAUUGCCUUGGACCUGAUGGCUGUGACCGAAGGAGCGUUAUUAAAUGCAAUAUCGGAAAUCAUCAAUAAUGAUAAGUACACCAUAAAUGCAAAAAUAACUUCCGAACGAUUCAAAGAUCGACCGAUAACACCACAAAAAUCGGUGGUAUUUUGGACUGAGUAUGUCAUUCGUCAUAAAGGUGCACCACAUUUGAAAUCUCACGCCUUGAACUUGACGUGGUAUCAAUAUUUUCUAUUGGACGUGAUUUCUGUAAUAUUAAUUUUUACUUCUCUGGUCUUGUUUAUUACUUAUCAAGUAUUAAAACUUAUUUGCAAGUACGUAUUGAAAUAUAAACACAGCCAUAAAGUUAAGUCUCAAUAACUUAUGAAAUAUUAGUGUUUAACUGUAAAAUUUUGAAAUAGCAUAGCCAAUUUUUUUAGACUAUCAUAUUAUUGAAAAAAAUUAAAUAGCUAAAUUAAUUUAUUACCACAAAAUUU